UACGGUUGCAGGUUGUGUUUGCAAAAAAACAAAACCGCGAUCAUGAAGAGACUUCUGUGUUUUACCAUUGUUGCUGCAUUUUCAGUGGCUUGCAAUGCAAUCGACUGCAACAAUAAUAGAUGCACCGGCUCAGGUGCUGUGCACACUUUGUGCAAAUACAAGGAUCCAAAUCCAUCACGGAAUUGCGGUAAAGUAAUGGCGGUUGCAUUCUCAGACGCUGAGAAGAACGAAAUGGUUAAGGCACACAAUGAUUUCCGGAGACGCGUGGCUAGUGGUUUAGAGGGAAGGGGAAGCCCAGGACCUCAACCUCCUGCGAAAAACAUGCAAACUAUCACAUGGGACAAUAAUCUAGCUUACGUCGCACAGAGAUGGGUCAAUCAGUGUACUUUCGGUCACGAUGCUUGCAGAAACGAUGAUCGAUUCUACACCGGUCAAAACGCCGCCAUGACGAUGACCACAGGAACAGUGAACACGACACCAACAGACAUAACCAAAAUGUGGUAUGACGAAGUGGCACAGAUGGACAGAAACCAGGUUUCAAGAUUCACAAAUGGCAACAACGUUGGACACUACACGCAAUUAGUAUGGGCUAACACGAAUAAGAUUGGUUGCGGUAAAAUCGUGUAUCAAAACGAUCAAUGGAAAAGAUACUACGUGGCGUGCAAUUAUGGUCCCGGUGGUAACAUCAUAGGCGCGCCGAUCUACCAGGUGUAAUUGUUCAGACUCUUGCUCUCUGGCCACAGAAGAAGCUUUAGUUGUACGAUUAACUUUGUAACUAUUGAAGAAGAAUAAAAAA